AUGCGAGCUGUUCUGUGUUUUAUUCUGGCCGUGUUCCAACAUGCGCAGGGACAGUGGGUAGAAAAGUCGUUCGGGGAAACGAGGGACUACUACAAGGUAUUCCGAGAAAAAGCAACGUUCGAUGAGGCAGAAAAGCGAUGUAUUUCAGUGGGAGGGCAUCUAGCAUCUAUUCAUAGCGAACAGGAGAAUAAAUUCAUCACAGAAUUAUCAACAGACGGACGGAGAAGACAAAAACUGGAAUAUUAA